UGUAGCUUCCGGUUCCGGGGAGGAGCCAAGUUUACUUGGACGAGUAGUUAGGGUCUUGUUGAUCUAGCCGGGAUGGCUGUGGCCCAUCUUCUCUUGUUCGGGGGUUUGUGGAGUGUUGUGGAAACGUCCGGUCUGGCUGUCGUUACUUGCGGCUCUGUGGUGAAGUUACUCAAUACGCGCCACAACGUGAGGCUGCACUCACACGACGUGCGCUAUGGGUCAGGCAGUGGACAGCAAUCAGUGACAGGUGUGACCUCUGUAGAUGACAGCAACAGUUAUUGGAGGAUUCGGGGGAAGACUGACACAGUUUGUGAGAGGGGAACCCCUAUCAGAUGUGGCCAACCCAUUCGUUUGACACAUGUCAACACUGGCCGAAACCUCCACAGUCACCACUUCACCUCACCUCUUUCUGGAAAUCAGGAAGUGAGUGCUUUUGGUGAGGAAGGUGAAGGUGAUUAUCUGGAUGACUGGACAGUGCUCUGUAAUGGGCCUUACUGGGUGAGGGAUGGUGAGGUGAGGUUCAAGCAUUCUUCCACCGAGGUUUUGCUGUCUGUCACAGGAGAACAGUAUGGUCGACCCAUCAGUGGACAAAAAGAGGUACAUGGCAUGGCCCAGCCAAGCCAGAACAACUACUGGAAAGCCAUGGAAGGCAUCUUUAUGAAGCCUAGUGAGUUGUUGAAGGCAGAAGCCCACCACUCAGAGCUAUGAGUCUGGAGGUUGUCAGCCACUGUCACCACACAGUGUUCAUAGAUGUAUGCUGCUGAUUUCACCCUGGGAUUCCUGCCACAGCAUCUCAGGACAGUGGACAUGUCACCAUUGAGUUGAAGAUGCAUGAGAGGAAACAGUGGCUGUGUAUUUGGAAGUUUCAGCUCCACACCUGAAUGCUUUUUUCUAAAGGUGGAUAAUUUUUUUCUGAAUAUGGGACUCGCUGGUAAAGGAGCAGAUGCUUUUUAUUCGCACUGAUUAAACAAAAAUGAGGAGACAUCCCUCCUAAAACUGGGAAUUUUUUUACUCCUCAGAAGUUUGGUGUCAUGGAUUAUUCAUGUGUGUAACUCCCUUUUUCCAAAAUGAUAAAGAAUCCAAUUGUUA